AUGAAUAAUAAUUCAGAAAAUGAAGAUAAUAAUAUAAAUAAUAAUGAUAGUAAUAAUCAAGAUAAUCAAAAUAAUUUAGAAAAUAAUUAUAAUAAUAAUGAUGAAGAAGAAUUUUUAAAUAAAAUUAUUAAAAUUAGAAUAGAUAAUUUUUUAGAAGAAGAAGAAAAAUUAUUUUUAGCAAAUGGUGAAAAUUUAAAAAUAAUAUUUAAAAUAUUAUGUGAAAAGAAUAAUAAUCAAAUUGAAGAGAAUGAUAUAAUAGAGUUUAGAGAAACAACUUUAACUUUGGUAACAUUAAUUUGUAAUUUAUUAAAGAAUGAUAUAGAAUCAUUUAUACCAGUUUUAGAUGAAUUUUAUUCAACAAUAAUAUUUAUGUUAAAGGAAUUAUAUUUAUCAUCAAUUAAUUCAACAUCAUCAGUAGCAUCAUCAUCAUCAUCAUCAUCAUUAUCAAUUCAUAAUACUAGCGGCGGCGGCAAAAAGAGUAAUAGUUUUUAUAAAUCACCAACAUCAGAUAGCGAAGACGAUUCAUCAUUUUUAUCAACACAACGUAAUGUUAUAUCACCAAUUAUAAAUAGAAUAAAAAAGAGUGAAAAUAUUAGAUUAUCAACUAAUAAUACUCAAAGUAAUAAUCCAAGACAACAACUUUAUAAUAUUAUUUCAGUAACAAUGUUGGGUACAGUUUGUUUAUUAUUUCCAUCCAAUGAAAAAUUAUUAUCAAAAUCAAUACCAUUCUUAUUUGAAAUUGGUCAUUAUAAAUCUCAAACACAAAGUUUAAUAAUUUCAACUAUAUCAUCAGAAAUUAUAAAUAGACCAAAAAUUUUAUCAAAUUAUGUUUUAGAAUUUAUUAAAUUUUCAAAAGAUAAUCCAAAUGUAUUUUCAAUAAUUGCAAGUUUAUAUCAAUAUAAUAAGCAAGAUUUUGAAAAGAAUUUAAAUGUUUUAAUUGAAUGUUUCAAAGAGCCAGAAAGUAGAAUUGGUAUAUUGUCAAUUAUUAGUGAAAUUUCUAAGGUAUCACCAUUAAUUAUUAUACCUUAUUUAAAAGUUUUAAAAUUAUCACUAUCUCAAGUUUCACUAUCAAGUCAAUUUUCAAUUAUUUUAAAGAUUUUAGCCCAAAAGUAUCCAUUUACCAUUUCAACGAUUUCAAGUGAUUUAAUUUCUGCUAUGGAUAAUAAUGAUUCUUUAAAAUAUUCUUUACCAGAAAUUUUAGGAAUGUGUGGUCCAGAUAAAACUAAACUAGUAUAUCAAUAUCUUUAUUCAUUAUUAAAGAAACAACAAGAAAAAGCACCAAGAUCUUCAGAAGAUGAUCAUAUAGUAGUAUCGAUUUUAAAAGGUUUUAAAUCAAUUUAUAAAACAUCACCAAAUUUAAUCAAUAUUAGAGAUCCAUUAUUACAAUAUUUUUCAACAAAUGGUAGUGAAUUUAUUUUAUCAUUUUUAAAUACAUUAGUAGAUGAAUUUACAUUAUCACCUCAACAAAUAGAUGAUAUGGAACAACAACAACAACAAUUACAAUUACACAACAACAACAAUUACACAACAACAAGAAAAAUUUGA